AGAACACUUGCGGUGCCAUUCCCAUCCCUCCCUCGUCCUUCCCGCCAUCAUCGUCAACGUCGUCAACGUCGUCGUCGCCGUCGUCACCAUCGUCGUCCUCUGACUGAGACGCACACCGUCGGCAGCAGUAGCCAUGCGUCUUCUCACUCUUUCGACGUCUUUUCUGUCCUCUGCUUCCCUUGCUUGGGCCCAAUACAGUGUCUACCAGCCCCAGUACCAAGUUAUCUACAAUGGACUGUCGACCUCUGUGACGACAACUGCGACUGCAGCCUCCGCAACAUAUAGCGGCUCAGCAGCAUAUGAUACGACAGUUCUCAGUGCCCCUGCAGUGCCCAACCCAGCUCCAGCCACCUCUUUCGGCAUCCAACUCUAUUCGGGCGGCAUGACUGGCUUGUCGAUACCACAGAACGGUGGUUUCUUUGGAUUCUCGAUCGAAAUGUCCGUGGUGAACCAUGUCUUGGGUUCGAAUAGCUCGGUCCUCCAGGUUCCCUUCCUCAAUUUGAUGGCAAAUAUUCAGCAAAGAGUUGGGUGGGUUCAGGUCCGAGUAGGAGGAAACACUCAAGAAUCAGCCGUGCUCGUCGCUACUCUCGCCAACAACUCCAUCAUCUCAAAGGACUACUCCGCAGUCUCAGGCACGACCAACACGCCGCCACUCGACUAUACCCCGGAGGUGUUUUACAUGAUGGGAAAUAUCUCCGCCCUCACGAAUGUCAGGUGGUACCUCGGUGUCCCAUUCUUCAACACUACGCCGUUCGACCUCAGCAUCGUAUCCUCCGGCCAGGCCAUUCUCGGAGAUUACCUAUUGGCCUUCCAAGCAGGGAAUGAACCGGAUUUGUAUACUGAUCAUGGUGAUCAUCGUGUUGAGGGAUACUCACCUUACGACUAUUAUGGCGAAAUCGACGAUCUCAUUACCCAAGCCGGAAGUGACUCCGCCAUUCUUAAGACUGACGACGUCUGGAUUGUCCCUUCUGUCGCGAGUGGCGACUGGACGCCCGAGGUGGUCUGGGAUACAGGCAUCGUUGGCAAUUUUUCGGAUCACUUGAACGCGCUCGCAGUGGAACACUAUCCGACAGACAAUUGUGCCGCCCAAUUCAACACUGGUGGGACAAUCAUCAACCCGCAGGAUGUUUUCCCGGACUAUCUCAACCACACCUCGGGUCAGGCCAUCGUAGCUCCCUACAUCAAUACCGCGAAUACUAUCGCUCAACCUGCCGGCAAGCCCUUCAUCAUGUUUGAGACCAAUACGGCAUCAUGUGGAGGUUUCGCGGGUGUCAGCAACAGCUUCGGCGCGGCACUCUGGGCACUUGAUUACGCUAUGACGAUGGCAUACUCGAACUUCACGGGAGCGCUUUUCCACGCUGGUGGACAGAACGCGUACUACAACCCUUUCACGCCACCACCAACGAACCAGUCAUCGUUCAAGCAAUGGUCCGUCGGUGCGACGUAUUACUCCGCGCUCGUCAUGGCCGAGGUUCUUGGUCCGAGCAAUGCUUCCCAGCUCAUUGAUCUGGGGGCAAACGACAACAACAUCUACACGCCUGGUUACGCCAUCUACGAGAACGGCACGCCGACGAAGCUCGCGCUUUUCAACUACAUCACUGACAGUUCUGGCGCGUCCGACUACACGGCCACGGUCGCGAUCGGAGGAAGUGGGGCUGGUCAAGACAAUGCGACACCAAGCUCGGUCAGGGUCAAGUACCUGCGGUCUUCCUCCGUUGCCGAUAUCCAGGACUUCACUUGGGCUGGCCAGACAUUCGGCGCCUCCCUCGGCUCGGACGGCCGACUUGCUGGCGAUCUCGAUGUGCAGACCGUGAACUGUGAUACGUCUUCGAAUACUUGCCAAAUCAAAGUGCCAGCUCCGUCGUUUGCGCUCGUCUUUUUGACCGACGAUGCGUACUCCUCCGUCACCCCAACGGCUACAGAGACGUUCCCGACGACGGUGUUCACCAAGACUGUGAACACUCUGUCCAUUGACAUGAGCGUCCUCGAGACUUCGAAUGGCCACGUAGACAUGGAGGACGUCGAGGCUGCGACAUCUGCGGGAAGUUCUGGUGCAGAGAGGACCAGAGGCAGUAUCGUGGGUAUGGGAGUCGUGGGAACCGUGGCGGUGGCGGUCGCCGGAUGGAUUUUCAUGGGCGCAGCGGGAAGGUUGUGAACGUGAGCGUUGAGCACUGAUUCUUUUUAGAAUGUGGCUAGUGGAAGGUAGAAGGGUUCUGUAUGUUACGUUUGAACGGUUUGGUGGGUUUGGCUGAGGACAGUUAGUAGAGUCCGGACAGUCGGGUGCACGCAUCAUAUACGUCUACAUCUUCGUCGACGAUUCCUGUCGUUUCUGAGCUUUUAAUGAUCUUUUUCUCUUUACCCUUUCUUGUACGUGGUCCGGCGUUUAGCAUCGUUCUCUUUUUUGUUCUCCAGAUCGGAUUAUCGGAUUCUUUCGUUUCUUUCUUGUUCUUGUUCUUGCUCUAUCGUUCACUCGCGCCACCUCGUGUGUCUGUCGGUUUCUCACAAGCCACUUGCAACACUCUUCCCCCUACAUAUCCCCAUUCAUCACCAGCAUCGUCAUCGGCAUUGAUACACGGUUCGUCAGUCGUUGAUCUCAAAUCUAAUAUUAGUUUAAUC